UACACUUAUAGACAUAUAUCAAAUUAUGUAGAAUGAUGAAAUAUUUAACGUUGGAUAGGUCUAAAUAAUGGGGUCAUUGACACAAUAUACUAUUCUUGAAUCACUAUAUAAAACAAUGCAUGAAUAUGUGAAUUAUUAUAAUUGAAAUUGAAUAUCUUACAUUAAAAUGAAAGUGACGCCAAUUAUCUUCACUGUAUUUUGUAUUGUGGGUGCUACGACAUUGAUCAAAGCUACAACGUUAGAGCAUGUACCUCACCCGAGUGAAAAAGACAUGGAAUUAGUGUAUAUUGAUGAAGAAUAUCAAAAAGAAGGUGGACUGAGAUCAAUAUGCAACGAACUAAAAAAAUCCUUCCAAAAAGGGCGACACCACAUAUAUAAAGUUAUUGAUAAAUAUAUAAGGAAGGAUGAUUUAGGCUUAAAAAUGUUAGAAGUUGCCAAAAUCCUUGGAAAACGCAUUGAAAAACGUAUGAAAUACAUAUCGAUGAAACUGGAUGAGAUGAUGGACUAUGAAUCAUCUUAGGCAUAUUUCAUAACACGAUGGUUAGUAAUGUUGUGGAUUUCAGACAUUGUUUUUCUCUGCUUUUUGUUUACCACUUUCUUAACGAAUUUGAGCAAAUAAUAAAGAUUAAUGAAAACGCUUUAUUUUGUGUUAUGUGCACUUGCGGUAAAACACAGAGACUAUUGAUAAAGAUAACAUUGAAUACAAAAUAGGAAAUGCAGUACAUCAGAUUAUUAGCCCCACAAACUUUCAUUGUUCCCAGUCGGAUACUUUCAUGAGGAACGAGGUUUACAGAGGUAUCAAAUACGUAGAAAAAUGUAGAUUGUUUUACAACUUUAAUUUACAUGCUUCUUGUAUGGUCCGUGUAUUACAAGUGUGUCUCCGUAUCAAUUAGGGAAAAGAAAAAGAGUUUAUAAACACGUAGAGACC